AUGGCUUCGUCGGCGGCGUACCCUGACGCGGACGAGAACCUGGAGGCCAUCAUCACCCGCAUCGAGCAGAAGUCCCGAAAGAUCGAGACCCUCCUUAAGCAGUCGAAGCCGGUGGAGGCCCUGAAGACGGCGCUCGAGGGGUCGCCGCUCAAGACCCUCGACGAGCGAUGCAAGUCGGCGAACUGGAUCGUGGUGCACCGCGCGAUGAUGGCGAUCAGGGACGUCGACGGCAUGUUCAACUCCCUCGAUCCCGAGUACUACGAUAUCCUCAUGAAGUACCUUUAUAGAGGUCUAUCUACAGGGGAUAGGCCAACAUGUGACCAGUGCCUCAAAAUUCAUGAAAAACUGACUGAGAAGGCAGGCCUAGGCUGUAUAUUGCGGUCCCUUGCUGAUACUGUAAACACUGUAUGA